GAAAUGCUUCUGCACAUGAUGCAUAAUGAUUUAACCUAACAUUUUCUCAGAAGCUUGUAUGUGCAUAUAUGCAUAAAAAUACUCUUUAACAUAAGAGUGCCCUUAUGUUUAUUAUUUAUAGGAUAUUGUAUUAAAUCUUUAAGUAUUAACAUAUUAAAUUAUUAACCAUAAUGGCUCAAACAAGAGUAGAAAAGGUUGGAACUAUUUAUACAAGAGUAUCAUCAUUAAUACGUGGAGGUGCAAUGUCUGAAUCAGAUAAACCACUGUGGUAUAUGAUAUAUGAAGCAUUUCCGCCAAAAUAUGAACCCAAAUAUGAUAGGGUUGUCCCAAAAACAGAAAUAAAACCAAUCUAUUACAAAGAAGAUAUUAUACGAGCACGAUUUCAUAAUGAUUGCAAGAAUCUAGAAAUAAUGAAUUUAAAAAAUACAAAGUAUCUAUCACAAACAAGGAAAUUCCUUGAUACAUAUAAUGAAUUGCUAAAGCUUAAUUUAUCUGAGGAGGAAGCUUAUAACCAGGCAUUGGAAAAACUCAAUUAUACAUCAGCACAUGAAGAUCAGAACAAAACUGAUAAUAAAUCAGAAGAAUAGUACAUAAUAUGUGUAUGAUUUAUAGAUAUUUUAUUUUUAAUUGAUAUAUCAUACACUCACGUGGUAUUUACUUUUUCAUCCAAAG